AUGACUGUGGCAUACACAUUACAAGUGUCGCAUGCGAACUUUGAAAGCUUCUUUCGGGUUCUGAUGAGAUGGCGGGGAAGUGUGUGGAAGGCCGUUCUACCUCAGCUCGCCAUCUGGACCACGGCGUACAUGUCAAUUAGCAUGGUCUAUCGAUACGCGUUGAAUCGGGAGCAACAAGAGUGAGUUUCAUGCUUGAACAGUUGGUUUUUUUAUCUCUUUCUAUUAGGUCGUCCAGAAACUGUGUUCGUUUUUUUCAUUGCUAUGUUUUACGAGGACUGUUUGUUGUUUGGCAAAGGAUAUAUAUUUGCUUGAUACAGUCAGUUUUGUAGAGGAGAAAAAACCGUCUCAAAUAUAUACCAUUUGCCAAACAACAAACAAUCCUUGAAAAACAAAGCAUUGAAAAACGAACAAACUUUCUGGACGACCUAAUACUUUACAUAUUUGCAUUUUUCUUCAGGACGUUUGAAGCGUUAGUGAAGUACUUUGAUCAUGACCUCAGUAAGUACGUUCCUCUCAGUUUUCUCCUCGGUUUCUUCGUCUCGCAGGUGGUUGGGCGAUGGAAUCACAUCACAGAAGGGAUAGGAUGGAUUGACAAGUAAGAUACAGACAUUUCUGGGCGUUAUCAUAUUUACAGCAGCUGAAAACAACACUUAUUUACUAUUUACCCAUCUCCUUUCAGCUCUGCAAUCAACUUUGCCAACUUUAUUCACGGAAAGGACGAGGACACUCGGCUUCAACGGAGGUCCUUGGUCCGAUACAUGGUUCUGAAUCAAGCACUGGUUUUGCGCGACAUCAGCAUGCAAGUGCGGAAGCGAUUCCCCACGUUGGAGUCGCUGAUAGCCGCUGGCCUUCUAACAUCGGCCGAAAAGGACGAAUUGGAGCGGGAAGAGGAUAUCUACACGAGAUAUUGGAUGCCGCUGCAUUGGUGUUACUGUGUUUUGGAGAGGGCGAGGAGUGAGAACAAGAUUGUCAGUGAUCACAUCCUGGUGUUUAUCGUGGAGGUGAGAUGCUUUUCUUCAAUUUUUCCGCUUCUCCGAGCCAAAUUUUCCGUUUCUCAGAGCAAAGUCGAAAUUUUGUAGGAUAUUCAACAUUUCCGCGAGGGUCUCAGCAAGUUGCUCAAGUUUGAUUGGAUCCCCAUUCCACUGGUGUAUCCGCAAGUCGUGUUCUUGGCGGUCCGCAUCUACUUUGCCAUCUGCUUGCUCAGUCGACAAAAUAUCAAGGGAAAAGAAAGUGUAGGUGUCGGGAAACGAUGUUGCUCAUGUUUUUAUGACCUGCACAAUAGAACCCGAGUUGGACGAUUGGGGAAACCGAAAAGUAUUAUUUUUCUUCGAUGCAAGUGUCGAAAUUAGGAUAGUUGAGGGUGCUGAUUUCGAAAAUGACAUUAAUUUUCUUGAUUAUUUCUUUUUUCCUUAAGUAGUACUGUAAAGUAGUAAUUUUUUGAAUUUUUUUCAUAAAUACUUGAUUUAGGGGUUUUCGAGGGUGCUGAUUUCGAAAAUCGUAUUCAUUUUUUCUGGUUGUUACUUUUUUCUUAAGUUGUAUUGUUAAGUAGUAAUUUUUUGAAAAUUUUCGAAAAAUAUCGGAUUUAUGCGUUUUCGAAGGUGCUGACACCUCGUACUACAUAGUAUCAGAUAGUACUAUUUAAUACUAGAGGAAAAUUUAACAUGAUUUUCGAAAUCAGCACCCUCGAAAACCGCUAAAUCCGGUAUGUUUGGAAACUUUCAAAAAAUUACUACUUAACAGUACUGCUUAAGAAAAAAGUAACAACCAGAAAAAAACGAAUAUGAUUUUUGAAAUCAGCACCCUCGAACACCCCUAAAUCGAGUAUUUAUGAAGAAAAUUCAAAAAAUUAGUGCUUUACAGUACUACUUAAGGAAAAAAGUAAUAAUCAAGAAAAUGAAUGUCAUUUUCGAAAUCGGAACCCUCGACUAUCCUAAUUUCGAUAUUUGCAUCAAAGAAAAAUAAUAAAAAUAAUACUUUUCGGUUUCCCCAAUCGUCUUUUCCCCCAAUCGUCCCAGUUCCCAACAGAACUGACCAUUUUUUGAUUUGUUUCCAAAACCUUGCAGGAUCGUUGUAUGUCUAUUUCAGAUCGACAUUUACAUUCCGCUCAAAACAAUGAUCGAGUUCUUUAUUUACAUGGGCUGGAUGAAAGUGGCCGAAGCGUUGCUCAAUCCCCUCGGAGAAGAUGACGAUGACCUCGAGGUGAACUCAAUGCUGGACAAGAACCUCAUUAGUGGAAUGCAGUUGGUCGACAAGGGACAGCGAUUCCCUCCGCCGUUGGUCAAGGACAAGUACUGGUCUCAUGAUCGGAUAGAUCCUCUGUAUUCGCUGUCAGCCGCAAAGAGAAGUGUCCAUCCCUUGACCGGAUCGGCAUCGAAUGUGAAGUGAGUUGGAAGAGUUGAGGUUUACAGGGGAAGAAGUCCAAGUUCGACAUCUAGAUUUUGAUGAAACUUGGCACAAAUUUAGCAUAAUUUUUUCUAAACUAUUUGCGAAACUCUUAGAUCAUGCUUUGCAGAAACAACCGAGAUUUUUAGAUCGAAAGUUGGCAAAAUUUUGACACCCUUUGGGGAAUUUCGGCACGAAAAGUUUCGCACCUUUUUCUACCGUAACGGCUAAUGUUUCCACAAAAAUGAAUUUUUCCUUACGAAACUAGCAACGCUAUGGCCAAAAAUUGUUAUCUCUCUGACCGCUCUCCGCGUUUAGCCUACUCUCUCGGCGUAGAAGGCCAUUCAAUAUCUCGGCGGAGCCUCCAAAGCGCGAGCUAAAACUUUCCGGAACUGAUCUCUGGUCUAUGCCCCAGAGAUCAGUUCCAGGGUGUGCAAAAUUUAAAGAAAAUCUGAGCGUCGCACUUGGGGUACUUCCCUUGUAAACAUUAAACCCAUUUUCUUUCAGUUUGGUAAAAGACGUCCAGAAUAUCACGAUGAUUCCUCACAAGAGCCGUCUCGGGCAAAUGGACGAGCAUACCAGGCAGAAACAUAUAAAAGUGGUCAGCGUUGAGGAGCACAACCAACAAUUCAAGCAACGAGAACAGAUGAGAAAAGUGACCGAUCCCGACGACGCUUUGGCACAGAUGAGGAGGCGAUCCAGGUUGGCGUUUAACGCAUCCUCCGCCCCUUUUUCUACAGGGUGUUUCAAAAAUUUUAGACAAAUUUUUUGCUUAUAUCUUUGUGAUCAUUGCAGCUGUCCAAGAAGUUUAAGUUGUCUUUAAAAUUUGAAGUGGCAAAAAAGUCUUUGCCGAGCCUUCGCCAAUGUGCGCCAAGCUACCGAGACUAUGCAGAUGAUGAGGCAAGCCUAAUUUCAUUCGUAGUAGGGAAGUCUGGGCUUUGUAUCGAGGUGGAAUUUUCAAAACAGAUAGCAAUUGUCUUCGCCGAAAAAUGGUCUCUCCGCCGAGACAAGAAAAAAUUCUUUUGAUUAUUCUAAAAAUGCACGACUUCAAAUUUUAAAUACAACUUAAACCUCUUGGAUAACUGCAAAGAGCACAAAGAUAUGAGCAAAAAAAUUGUCCGAAAUUUCAUGAAACACCCUGUAUUGUCCUCAAAUGUCUAUUCCGCCUCAUUUUCUAUCAUGUGCAAUAUGCGCUUGCGAAUUCUCCGGCUCAUAUCGCUUCGUACGCAAAUGAGGCAAUCGCUGUCUGAUAACUAACAAAUCCGUUGUGCUGGUCGUCGUAUUCCGCUUGGUUUUAUUUCCAGAGCGAUGGACAUUUUCGAGCAGCACACCCUCGACAUUGCCGUGACCGCACGCAGCCUGCCCGCUCCCAACGAACUCAACGGUAGGUCGCGUGCCUGGUCCACCGGCGGUAAGUUGCACGUGUGUUCUGAGUUUUGUUCGCGUUUCGCCGCGAGGUGACGUGGUUUUGUCGAGGAAUGGACCAGUUGAUGUUGACCAUGAUGACGAAUGCUAACAUGUGAUAACAGAAAGGAAGGAGUGGGGAUAAACAUUUUCCGAAUGGAUUCAAAACGUAGUCUAGAAGGUUGCAAUUGCAGUAACAUAAAGCACUUUGGCUAUGAUGACCAGAUUCUAUCUCAAAACAUUUUUUUUGCAAAAAAAGCUUUCGAAUUUUCGCGUUGAUUCAUCUCACAGGGGAAGUACCUCAAGUGCGACGCUCAGAUUCUGAUGAAACUUGGCACAAAUUUAGAAUAAUUUUUUAUAGGUUAUAUGCGAGAAUCCUAGCACGCGCUCUGCAGAAACAUCCGAGAUUUUUAGAUCGAAAGUCGGCAAAAAAUUUACAUUUUUUGCCGAAUUUUGGCAUGAAAAGUUUUAUACCUAAUUUUACCGAUGAGAAUAAUGUUUCCAAAAAAAUAAAAAAUUUUUAUCCGAAAUUGGCAACAUUACGACCAAAAAGCCUUUUUUUCUCUAACCGCUCUCCACGUUUAGUGUACUCUCUCAGCCACAAAAAUCGUUCAAUAUCUCGGGUGCGCUUGCAAAGCGCGAGCUAACACUUUCAGAAACUGAUAUCUAGCCUAUGUCCGAUGCGUGUGCAAAAUUUGAAGAAAAUCUGAGCGUCGCACUUGCGGUACUUCCCUUGUAAAAAUCAGCGAAAAAAUCGUUCUCUUGAUGAUCCUCAGCUAACCCUUGUCUAACACUGGUUGCAGUAACUCUCCUAACACCGUACACUUUGCAUUUCUCUCCUUUUCGCUUGCCGUUCCUCCUUUUCUCUGCACGUUCUCCCAAUCGAAAUCCGCUGUUUGCAGGGCUCCGACCGCCAACGACGCGCAACAACGGGACCGCGAUGCCAAGGUUGAAUCUGGAGAGCCAGGCGUGA